AUGCCUGAAACAUGUGUGGUCUCUGAUAGCCACCGAUUUAAAGUUGGCUUGAAGGAUGAGGUGCCGAACGAUACCGUGAGCCUUUGCAUUGAUGAUGAGGUGCCUGCAGAGAUACCUUCUGUUUCAUAUUUGCCAAAUGGCCAGAAGCAAUGUUUUAUUGCCAUCCCACUUCCAAGUGCAUGUGCCUUUCUAGAGCCACGUUCGGAAGCUGGUCAAGUGGCAUGGAGAUGGUGA